UGUCAAUCACUUUCAGGAAGUUGCAGUUUGUUGUGGUGAAAAAAACCGUGCACUGACUGGAAGAACUGAAACUGAGAUUUUGAUGUAUCAAAAUUCUUCUUCUGUAUAAUAGUAUUCUUCUUAUUGAGUGUUGACAUGCUUUUAUAAGAACGCAUUAUUGUUAUUACUAGUUUGUUUGUGAUAAGGAACCAUUAAAUAACCAGCAAUAACUUGACAGGAAGUUUACAUUGCUCUCUUCAGUCAUUAGUCUGUAAGGAUUAUUCGUACUGAAACUUUCUACAUGACAAUUUAACCUCAUGGCACCAAAGAAAUACAAACUACCCCAUCCACUUCCAGAAGGAUGCAUUUUAACAGAUUCAGAAAAGAAGAAUUGGCGCAUCGGGAAGAUCAUUGGAAAAGGUGGUUUUGGACUGAUCUACUUGGCUUCUCGGGAUGUGAAUGUCCCUGUUCGAGAUGAUACUGAUUUUGUGAUCAAAGUGGAAUAUCAUGAAAAUGGACCUUUAUUCUCAGAAUUGAAAUUUUAUCAGCGAGCAGCAAAGCCAGAUACUAUGAACAAGUGGAAGAAGUCUAAACAGCUGGAGUUUUUGGGGAUCCCAACUUACUGGGGGUCUGGACUGGCUGAAAAUAACGGGACAAGGUACAGGUUUAUGGUAAUGGAUCGGCUGGGCACAGACCUGCAAAAAGUUUUUAUGGAGAAUGGUGGACAACUAAAGAAGCCCACCGUGCUACAGCUGGGUGUCCUCAUGCUGGAUGUGCUGGAAUAUAUUCAUGACAAUGAGUACGUCCAUGCUGACAUUAAGGCUGCCAAUCUCUUAUUGGGACACAAAGAUCCAAGCAAGGUGUACUUGGCUGACUAUGGGCUAUCAUACAGAUACUGUCCUAAUGGUGAGCAUAAAGAGUACAAAGAGAACCCCAAGAAAGGACACAAUGGCACCAUUGAGUAUACAAGCAUUGACGCUCACAAAGGAGUAGCCGCAUCCAGACGAGGAGACUUGGAGGUGUUGGGCUACUGCUUGCUUCACUGGCAGUGUGGAACUCUGCCCUGGCUCUCAUCUCUUAGGAACCCAGCUGAGGUCCAGGAGGCCAAGGCCAAGCUGAUGUCCAACCUGCCAGAUUCUGUCCUGAACAUGUCCACGUCCGGCUCCAGCACGGAAAUAGCCAGGUUCCUGUCCAGCGUGAAAAACCUUGACUACAAUGAAAAGCCAGACUACCAGGCACUCAGAAUGGUUCUGUCAGCGGCCAGGCCACAGGGUCCAUUGGACCUCUCCAGGCCAAGGGCGUUAGAGAUGUCCAGGCCAACCACACAAAGGGCUGCAAGCCAACCCAAGAUUACUGACAGAAAACCAGCCAGAUCUAAGCCUGUGGUGACAGCAGAGGAAGAUGAUGAGGAAGGGUUGGGCGGGUCAACACCCAACAAAGUCUGGAGCAAGAUCAAACGAGAGACACACAAGCAGGUUUUAUUCAAAAAACAACUGAAUAAUGGUUCUUGUUGGCUAGAUGAUGUGGGGCGCAUUUUUUUUAAAGAGACCAAAUAAAGCUGACAUGGCUGCAAAAAGAAGUGAUAGGCAAAAGUCUAUGCCUGAAGAAAGUGAUGAGGACCUCAGUGAUGAAGAUGAGCCCCUCCCUCCACGAGUUCAUCCUAGAACAAGAGCAGGAGCACGGCAGAGACAAGAACACGAACAAGUAAAACCAACAGCAAAGCACAGGCCAAAUGACAAAUAGACCACAGUCAAUCAUUCACUUCAAAUUGAUCAAUGUUCUUAGGAAAUACAAAUAUGCUUUGCAAUGUUUAUUGUUUGAUACAAAAGUGCAUUAACAGAUCCAAUAUCAGCCCUCUCAUUUAUAUUUCUUAUAAUGUGAAAAGAUAAAAUUUGCUCCAACAACACAGGAAAAAAAGGAACGCGGAUGUUUAUGAGGGCAAGACCUGGAUGACCAUGAGGGGAAAACAAAACCGUCACUAUCUGAACCAGCAAAAACACACUCGAACACUAAAUGAUGACUAUGCAGUACCCAGCAGUGAAGUCGACUACUGGAGGAACUACACCAGGAAACACAGCCGGCAUCAAAAUCAGUGGGAGGAAACUUAUGAUGAUGAUGAUGGAGAUCACUGGGAAAGUGAUGUUUGUGGAUUGGAAGAUGAAUGGACUCGGUACCAUCACAGAAAUGGCUUUGGAAAAUCAAAAAAUCAGGGUAAAUGGCCCAUUAAAAUAAUGCUGAUCUUCCUUCUUGUUAUGAUAUUAACUGUUGUUGGUUGUUGGUGUUAUCCUUACUGGAGCCGUAACGCCACAUGACCUUUGCUCUGAAGGAACAGACUGUUGUUAAGCGUUUCCUGUGAUCAUUUUCACAGUGAUGGGCUGAAAGAAUGUAUGUAUAAAUCAAUCAGCAUUUUUGCACUAUAAAUGUCAAUAUAUUUUAUUAAAUUUAUUUGUGCAUUUAAAUAAAGUUAUUUUCUUUGCUA